AAAUAUUAUUUAACAGAUAUCAAUAUUAAAAAUGUACUAUAUAUCUAUGUUAAUAUCAUUAAAACUUAAUUUUAUAUCAUAUAAAAUAGAUAAAAAGUUUUUUUUUGAAUUAAUAAAAUUUAUUUCUGUGUUUACACUAAUUUAAUCAUAUAUGUAAUAUUUACUGAGUUUUUAAUUAUCAAUAUAUAUAUAUAUAUAUAUAUAUAUUAUUUUAAUAAUAUAUAAAACAAUAUAUAAUAUAUAAAAUUAAUUUAUAUAAUAUUUAUUCUGUGCAAAGUGCGAAUCUUAACCUAGUAAUCAUGUUAUUAAGUUCUAACAAAUUAGUAUUGUAACACGUUACUAAAAUCCAACGAAAUGAACAUAUUUUAUUUUGUCAUAAAGCUUUACUAUUCAUACUUUUAUCGUUAUUUUGUGUAAAUAUAUUUAAAUAUCGGUAUAUCAUAUGCAUAAUAGCGGGGGAAUUCGAAGAAGAAAAAAUACGUCAGCUUUUGACCUUAAAUCUCCCAGGUGGCCGAUUGUCAUCUACCAGGAAGCAGUCAACGAAAUGAACAUAUUUUAAGCAGUCAACGAAAUGAACAUAUUUUAUUUUUAGAAUUAAUAUUUUUUCAUAAAAGAUAAAAUAUUUAUCAACAAAAAAAACAAAAAAAAACAUAUAUAAACAGAAAUGUAAAAAAAAAUUAUUAAACUUAAAUUUUGUGUUUUGAAAACCCGGGUGACAAUCUAGUAAGUUUAUUAAAAUUUAAACUGCAGCGUUCGUUUCAAUUAACGAAAAGAAGAACAUAUCAUCCAAACAUUCGUGCAGGAAAGAACCCUUUCUCAAAAAUAACAAACAUUUGUGAAGGAAAGGGGUAGGAAGUUUCGUAUGUGCUAGCUACUGCGUGUCCCCACGCGGCUAUAUAUAGAAGGAGGAAAAAAAACUAUAUUGCACAUUCAUUUCAAUCAACUCUCUCUAUACAUUUUCCAAACAUGAUUUUUCGUAUUAUCAUUUUGGUAUUCAUUGCCCUCGGUUCGCAUGGUCGUGUAUGUUCUAGUCAUCAACCACCAACAAAUCAGAGCAAUCCAAACCCUUCAUUUCCGGUGAACGAAAUGGGUUCUGAGUUGCUCGGCCACUCAACUCCACCGAGUCAGAGCAAUCAGACUUCGUCAUCUCCGGCUUACCCAACCCAGCCAGAACAUCCACUCAACCCCAUUCUUCCAUUUAUGGUGAGGGUUCCUCCACCUCCUAGUCACCUAACCCAGCAAGAACAAAACACUCAUUCGCCCAUGCACUCAACUCUUCCCGGUCAGAACUACCUGAACCCUCAGUUUCCUAUGAGGGUUCCUCCAUUUCCCGCUCAUCCACCUCCACCGGGUUGGAGUAACAAUCAGUCUCAUUCAGUUCCGUCUCACCCAACUCAGGAAGAACAACAUAGUAACACGAUUCCUCAGUCUCAGUCUCCGAGUCACCCACCUCCACUCGAUGAUACCAUCUCGAUUCUAGUGUACCAGCGAGCUUCUCAGUCGUCGGAUCCACCAAGUCAAAGGAACCAGACCGUUCCAUUUCCGAUGAUCCAACAAUUCUUUCACUGGUCGGACCCACCAAGUCAAAAUAACCUGACCCUUCCAUUUACGAUGUUCCAGCAAUUUUUUCACUGGUCGGAUCUACUAAGCCAGAGGAACUUGACCCUGCCAUGUCCGAUGAUCCAGCAACGUUUUCAAUGGUCGGACCCACCAAGUCAGAGUAUUCAGACUCUUCUAUUUCAGAUGUUUCAGCUAUUUUUUCAGUCGGCGGCUCACUCACUUCCACCAACAUCUCCUUCCAUUAGGAUUUCUGCAUCACCUGGCCCACUUCCACGUGAAUUCCACGCAAUGGACCGUCUAAGCUUAUGCGUUCUAACCUAUUUCCUUGCUGUUGGACCAAGCUACACAUCGACGUGGUCUCAACGCCCAAACCUAAGCACCAGCAUCCAUAUCCAAUGCUUCCUCAACCAGGCAGCUUUCUCUCUCUUCCUUUUGGCGAACGCGGUGUUUCCCCGAACACGUCCAGUUCUGGCUUUCGUUUUAGAUCGUCUCUCAGUCUUUCUAAUCGUCAUCUCCGCUUACUUAGCUAAUAUGCCCAUGUUUCCUCCCCACUUUGCUAUCAUUAUGUUCCUAGUUGUAGCUAUCGUUUACAUCUUUGCUCGUUUCAGGAGUAACACUGGACGUUAAAAACAAACAAACACUUGACGUUGAUAAAAUAUAUUUGAAAAAACAAUAUUAUCGUAAUGGUUUCCUUUAUUUAUCGUCCACUAUGUUUCUACUUAUUCUUCAUUUCGCUGGAUGAUAAUGUUUGAUUUACCACACGUGCUAGUGUAUAUAUAUACAAAAAAGAAUCCAUCAUAUUAUCAUUAUACAUACUAGCGUCAAGUCGUCAACGUUAAGGGCGUUGUUCUAAGCCUAGGGUUUUCUUUUCAUGCAACAAUUACAUGUUAAAAACAAGAAAAACUUAACCAAAAAUGGAUACUUUCAUUUAUUUUUGUAUCACUAAUAUUAUCCUAAGAAAGGAAACAAAAAAUUGUAACAAUAAAAAAUGAAAGGUUAUAAUUGAAAGAAGAGUCUCGGGAUAUUAGACAUAUAAAUUGUUCAGGCUCAGAAGAGUUUCAGGAAAUUAGAAUAAAUUGUUCAGGUUUAGAGAAUUUAUCAAAUAUGAUUUUUUCAUGUUCCUUUUACCCUAAUUCAAUAAUAUAUAUAUAUAUAUAUAAAUAUAUAUAUAUAUAUAUAUUAAUAAACUCACAAAAUCUU